AUGACCUCAUCAAGUCAACAAGAACCUCAUAACCAUCAAAACACUCAACAGAGAAUCGAUGAUCAGCUCAGCAGGGAAUUCCCUGAGAUCGGUGCCAUGUCGAAAGAAGAUCUGCAAGACUUGCUCAACGACCCAGAGUUUUUCCACGCGAUGCUCAUCAGACAACCUGAGGUGAAACGAGUAGUUGAGGAUCACCAAGCUGCGAUCAAUCGGAAUCAAGCGUUGGCGGAAAGAAAUUUGUCGUUGCGGCCCAAGUUGGAAGAACUGAGAGAUCAAGUGACGGCUUCAUUCAAUCAGACCCAGCAAACGAUAUCACAAUUUAAUGAUCUACUCAAGCAGCAAGCAGAUCUGUAUCAACCCUACGGAGAAUCCGCUUCGCGAUCGAGGCUAUUGACGGCCUUACAUGAAUCAGAUAAAUCCACCGAAAGCUUGGCCAACCAGUUCGUUGUUCAAGGCUUAUUGGAAGAAGACCAAUUCAUCAAAGAGUUCAGAGAAGAACGGACGAAAUACCAUAAACGCGCCUGGGUUGCUAAUCGAUGGUCCGAAGGUAACUUCCGCUGGAAUUGA